UGGAAGAGCAGAAGUGCAUUAAAAUGCCUGUCACCUAGUAGAUUCCGGACAGAGGGCAGUCUUUAAGACCCAGCGACUGUAUUUGUCUGAAGAGGAAAUGUUGCUUUUUGACAGAUGAGAGAAAUCCCCUUAGUGCUGGCUGUGGGAAGGGAGAAGUGAAGUCAGUCACCUGGUGGUGAGGGCCAGUAAAACAGCAAAGCGGGAGGAAAAUUGCUGUCUCCCUCUCUCUUCUCUCCCUCUUUUCUCUCUGUGGGAGCCACCUCCUAUUCUCUCAACUCUUUUAGUAUAACCUUCAAAGGAGACCGGUCCCUUCAGACUCUAUUACCGUCUUUUCCCCACUGAGAGAAUACCUCUAAGCUACAAGACGUUUUUUAAGUCUAUGCAGGACUUCGGAGAUUCGGUUAUCUUGCCAGGGAAAUUGAUGAUUGCUAAUGUCUGGGACUCACAGCGUGCUAAAUUAGCUUCCAGAGUAUGCCUGACGGAGGAAGGCUUUUAUCACAUACUCUUCUCUCCAGUUUGAACACAUUUGCUUGAAUUUUGCCGCAUGAUGCUGUCCAGGGAAGCAGCUUUUUUUCUUGGGAUGCAGCAGCAACUCGCUGGUUUCUAAGCUUAUUGCAGAAGACGAAAUAAUCUGAUAUAGAGUGGAUCUUUUCCCCCCCUCUGCUUGAUUCGACUGAGCCGUGUUGGACCGCGGUAAAGAUCACCUGUCCCUAAAUCUCUGAAGAAGUAAAACAAAGUGAAAUAUCAUUAGUAUUUAUUUAUUUAUAUUAUUUUUUAACCGGCGGAGGCGGCGAGACCACGGAGAAUGAGACUGAGAGAAGCUGCCAGGGCUUGGAGGAGGAUAAAGCUGAGUUUCAGCUGGAAACUAAAAGACUAGAUCGGUUCGGGGAGCAACUUGGCCGGUUCCUCUCCACUUCAUUUAGUUUCGCUCCAUGGAUAGAUCCACGGACCUGGACAUCCAGGAGCUCAAGAUGACACGAGAACAAUUCAUACUGGCAACACAACAGAACAACCUGCCGAGAACUGAAAAUGCACAACUUUACCCUGUGGGGAUUUAUGGAUGGCGAAAGAGGUGCUUAUACUUCUUUGUCCUUCUGCUGUUGGUUACCAUGAUAGUUAACUUAGCCAUGACAAUAUGGAUAUUGAAGGUUAUGAAUUUUACUGUGGAUGGUAUGGGGAAUCUGAGAGUCACCAAGAAGGGAAUCCGACUUGAAGGUAUAUCUGAGUUUCUACUUCCAUUGUAUGUGAAAGAAAUUCAUUCCCGAAAGGACAGUCCACUGGUCUUACAGUCUGACAGAAAUGUAACAGUGAAUGCCAGAAACCACAUGGGGCAGCUCACUGGACAGCUGACAGUCGGCGCUGAGGCUGUGGAGGCACAGUGUAAAAGAUUUGAAGUGAGAGCAAGCGAAGAUGGCAGGGUGCUGUUUUCCGCAGAUGAAGAUGAGAUAACUAUUGGGGCUGAGAAGCUAAAGGUCACAGGAACUGAAGGGGCAGUAUUUGGGCACUCUGUGGAAACACCUCACAUCAGAGCAGAGCCAUCCCAAGACCUCAGGCUUGAAUCACCAACCAGAUCCUUGAUAAUGGAAGCUCCCCGAGGGGUCCAGGUGAGCGCUGCUGCAGGUGACUUCAAGGCUGCCUGCAGGAAGGAACUGCACUUGCUAUCUACAGAAGGGGAGAUUUUUCUAAAUGCAGAUACAAUCCGGCUGGGAAAUCUACCAACCGGUUCCUUCUCUUCUUCACCCAGCUCUACAAAUACUCGACAGACAGUAUACGAACUGUGUGUCUGCCCCAAUGGCAAACUCUACCUUUCCCCAGCUGGGGUAGGCUCCACCUGUCAGUCCAGUAGCAGUAUUUGCUUGUGGAGCUGAAGCAACUGAUUUCUCCUCACACCAGAAUAGCCUUUUGUUCCCGUCCGUCUGCUUCACGGUUUUGCUCGGUUUCCCCUGUGAUCAGUGCAGAGCUUCUUCAGAUGGACCACAGAGCAAACUGGUCCAGGAUCAGCAGGGGCUCGCUUACACCUCCAGAUUCACCUUACUCAACACAAACAGUGCGACUGACUCGGCUGUGGGAAAACCAUCUUCAGCAGGAAACCUGGAUCAUGACAUUUGCUCAAAAGGGAGAAUAACUUAGGUGCCUUUGCUACGUGGAGUGAAGCACACAGUUUUAGAAUUUUGCAGAACCUGGCUACGAACUGUGCACGAACACAUUACCCAGAUGAAAUUCCCAAAUCCAAUGGUGACAUGAAAUGCUUAACCCCAUCAGAAGACUAAUUCUGCAGUCUGAAAGCACAAUUUUUCCAUUCAUCUUUUUUGGACGUAAACUUUUAUCCCCGACUUUUAAAAUUUUGAAGCAUUAUGUAAUGCUUGCUUUACUAAAAAAUUAAAUUCAAUACAUGGUUUUUAACUAAAUGAAACAAGAGAAGACAGAAUUCCUGAGUUGUUUUUGUUUCCUUAAAUUCAAUGUGUUGGUACUCUUUGACUACUAAGUCUGGAAUUUUGUACAUUAGAUAAUUUUGAAAGCUCUCAGCAAUAUAAUAUUAACAAAGUUAACAAAAAACGCCAUUAUGCUGUCAUAUGUCUGGAUGGCCUUAUAUUUAUGUGGCUAUUGCAUGCGACACAUUUGCUUUUAAGAAAACAUCUGAAAAAUUGCAGUGUAUGAUAGGAAGGGUAUACUUACAGUGUGGAACCCAUCAGAUUUUUCUUUAAAAAUUCACACAGUAUCCUUUGCCCUUAGGUUUUAGUAGUACUCUUUUGUUCACUCCAUUUACAUUAAACUCAAUUUUUAAAUGCAAAAGUUAAACCAACCUCUAAUUAAAUGCAAAUGUUAUGCAUAAUGCUGAGAACCAGUUCACUUUCCAAGGGGACAUCAUUUUCAAAUUAAGUAUCCUUCUUUUAAUUUCAGGUUAAUAUUUAAGAAACUUAGACAUUAAAUUAUAAAUUCCAGAAAAGAAAAUGAUAAAAAGACUAACGUUCACAAGAGUGUUGGAUAUGUGCUUUCUCUGUUGAGGAAUCUAGUUACCCUUCUAUUUACUGUUAGCAUUUAGUCACAUUUUUUAGACUGUUAAGUUAUGAUGACAUCAUGAACCAUAGCUGUUUCCAAUCUCUGAUGUUUAUUUUUGUUAAUGAGGUCCUAAUUAAUAACUCUAGAAGAUUAUAGAUUUAUUCAUCACAGUGCACUUAAACUCAUUUUUUUGAAACUGAAGAAUACAAGAAUGGAAACUUGUAUUUCAGGUUUUCUAGUUUGGGAAGGUGACUUGAUGACUGAAAGGUAAGUCCUUAAUUUUCCCUUCAUUUCCUCCUUGAACCUGUGCACACCAUUAACAGAUGUGUGGAAGUUGCACUCCAGGGCUCUGAAACUGCAGAAUCUUUGAAAUCCUGUUCUCUGUUGCUGAAAUGAAGCAAAAGAUUGAGACAUGCUGAAAUAAUUUGGUUAGCAAAAAUUAGAAAAUUGGAUAAUGCAACUGGCAAAGUGACCUGCUUGUCCAAAAAUAUCUCGUUCAGAUCCCCAGCAUUUCUAGUAACAGGCAAAGCUCAGUAUCACUGAGCACAUUCCAAACUCUGCAGAACUCUCUAUAAGGUAUUUCACUUUGAUCAUUUUUAAAGUAGUAUUGAACUUGUGCUUUGGGGUUAUUAUAUAAAUCUGUAAACUAAUAUCAAAAUAAAAGUUGGAACAUAUAAUUGCUUGAAAAGUCAUAACAGAGAGCUUAAUUCAUUUUUAAGAAAAUUUAAUAUAUAAAAUUUUCACAUUAGUCUUUGCAAAUGAGUCACACAGUGACUCAAGAAAUUUGAGAGACAUGGGUGCUGAUUGCUGUGUUAUGUUGAAGAAGACAGUCUUCAUUAAUUUGGUACAUAGUGGGGCUUUAGCCAUGCUAAAUUAAAACAAUUAAAGAAUUUUCUAAUCAAAGAAUGCUAAUGCUUGUGGUUCGUAAUCCUUCCUGUUUCUAAAGUCUUUUACUAAUCAAUUAAGCUGAGUCUGGGGCACUCUGGGGAUACCUCCAGGCUUCAGUUUACAAAGAACAUUUUACAAGCAACAAAAAUAUCAAAUCAAACAUCCUCUGAAGGUUUCUUCUAGCACUAACAUGGUCUAUUUCGCAAGGCAAAGAGGAACAAGAAUUUUAUAUGCUUAAUACAAGAUGCCAAGGGUGAAAGGUGUAAGAACAAAGGAUAUGAAAAACAAAUUACAGACUGGAAGUGAUGGCUCACACCUUUAAUUCCAGCACUUGCGAGGCAGACCAGGAGGAUCUGUGUGAUUUGAAGUCCAACAUGGUCUGCAUAGGGAGAUCCAGGACAGCCAGGGCUUUACAGAGAGACCCUUUUUUAAAAAUAACAUAGAAAACAAAACAAAACAAUAAAAAACAACACAAUAAAGUAAGAAGGAAGACUGGCAAAAUUUUCAACUCAAAGAUAUUCUGAAAAGUACAAACACAAAAGAAUCACAUAAACUUGAGAUACGUGCAAAUAUUGUUCAAAUACCUGUUAUGUAUAAAAGAUAGAAUGUUGUAGAUGACUUCCUUCUACAAUACUAAGUGAUUGACUUGAACUGAUUGCUUGACUAUUGAAGUUUCUUCAGGUACAAUAAUUUCAAAGUUUAAGCUUUUAUUAGAGGCUUGGAAGUCUUUGAGGUCCUAAUAGUGAAUCAUUGUUUCUUUGAUGAUAAAAAAGGUUCAAGAGCUAAAGAACAGAUUUCUCCAUUGCUUUCCAUUGCAAUUUUACAGAUUAGAAUAAACACACAAGCAGACACACACAAACACACAAACACACACGCACACGCACACACGCACACCACUGCAGCCUAUUUAAAUGAUGCAAAUUCUAUCUCUCUAAAUCACACUGAAAAAUAUAGGUGUGCCACAUAAACACAACUCAGCUACUCCUGUCUUAGCAUCAUAUUUAGUAUAGAUCCUGCAGGCAAGAAGGGAAAAGGAGAAAUUGGAGUAGGAAAAUUGGUGGCAUUUCAAUUAUGAUCUAGAAAUCGAUAAACUCACAUGCAUUUUUAAGUUCAGUUUCUCUGGAACUCAAAGAGAUAGAAAGAAAUUACAUUAUUAUUUUGAGUAUAAAAUAUUUCAGUGAUGAAAUUUUUAAAAAUUUCAAAACAAUUCAAAGCAAACAGUGAACAAAGGACAAUUUCAAGAUUUCAUGGCCCAUUUGGUCUGUAUUUCCAACAUGCUGUACUGUACUUACUAGUCUGUAUUUUUAUUGUGAAUCAUAAUUUUUGUGAUAUGAAAGAUAAUCAUUUCUAUAAGUUUAGACAGUACCAAAGUUCAAUUAUAUUACAAUUUAGAAAUCUUAGACUAUAGUCCUCUGAAUCUUUGAAAAUAAAGAGUAGGAAUUCGGAAUUGGGUUUUGGUUACAUGAAACUUAAAAGGUUUACAUCUUCUUUGGAAAUAAUCAUUUUUGGUUGAAGUAUAGUGGUCUGUGAGAAAGUUAUAUUAAUCUAUGUAUUCUCCUUAGUCAUAAUAAUCUCUUAAUUCUACUGGUUCUUUUAUAGAGAUGUUUAAUGACCGUCUAUGAGUUCAUCAGACUCUGUCAAGCUAGAAUUUGUGAUGAUCCAUUCCUUCAAGAGCUGUUCAUCCAUGUCAAAAGCAAAUCUUACAAAUAUCCUAUUGUUUUUCUCCAUAAUCCUGAUUGUGCUCUUACCAAUUGAAUACCAUUUCCUUUUGGGGAAAUCAUCUUUGAUUGAUGUGUUCAGUGAUAUGGAUGAUAUUAAGAAUAAGAUGAUUAUGGCUCUUAUUUAAAUACUGUUUUAGAACUUUAAAAUAAUGCUUGCCAAAUACAAACAUCCUGUUACUGUUCCAUUAAUAUUGACCUUCAUCAGAUUAAAAACCAUAGGUAUUUGAAAAAUGUUUUAUUUUAGCAAUAUGGCCAAGUAUUAAACUUUUAUACUUAUGAAAAUUCUUUUAUAAUAUACCAUUUUAAUGUCUCAUUUCAACAGUGCUUCAUUUUCCAAACACACCAUUGGUAUAUUAAUAUCUCUGAUGGAUUUCAUCAUUGCAAACAUAGCAGAUCUUUGUAAAGUAGCAAUAUCCAGGAGAAUAUCUGAUGCUGUUAGCACUAUAGUUUAGGACAUACAACAUCAAUAUCACAUUAAAUUAUAGUUGAAGGUAUUUAAUGGCCUUAUUUAAUAUAUACAAUGGUCAUCAUCAAACUCAUUUUUGAAUUUUGUGCAUUUGAGGUAUUGUACCUUAUUUGUCUGUAGCUUUGAUCUAAUUAGAAUUGCUCAUGUGACCCUUCUUAGAGAUUCAUUAAGUUAUUUGCUGCAUACAUUAGCAUAUAUUAUGGUAAUGACCACUGCAGAAUGUCAUUAUCAAAAAAGUAAAGUAAUAUCACACUUAUCUCCAAUUAUAAAUUAAUGAACUGUCUCAUUGGACACUUUUGUAGAUAUUGCUUUAAAGGGAAGUCUAGUAGUCAUUGAAAUGUCAAAGACCAAAGACCAGAAUUACUAUUGUAUUUAAUUCUAGACUGCUAUUGCUUCUACUAAUUUAUUGAACUAAAUAGGGGUUAUAGCUAUGACACAAGGAAGUAAAUGUGUUUCUGGCAGGAAUCUGAGCUACAGCCAUUAGUUACUGCUUUAGUUUUAGAAAGACCACUUCAGUAGUGUGCUCUGCAUAUUUUUAUAAAUGUGUAAUGAAUGUUUCCGUAUUCUUAAAACCAGGACAUAAAGACUACACCCAAAAUGUCCUCAGGAUGGAUUAACUUAGUUGGGUUCAAAAUGUCAUUGCUUGCCAAAAAGUAUCUGUGGAAAACAUAAUUAAUUUGAAGUUCUUCUAGAACUAGAGGGCUACUUUUUAAGAGUUAAUUGAUGUGGGUGAGUCUUGGGAUAGUAAUGACAAACAUUACAGGAUGUGAGGUGUAAUGAACUGUGAUUAUUUCUGGGUCUCCAGUAUUAAUAUUUCUUUUGUUUGUGUAUUUAUAAAUAAAAGACAAACAGGGUUAAAGAUGUGCAAGGACAUUUACUAACAAUGGAGACACACAAUUUGGAGUUUGUUUCUUUAUUUAUACAAUUCUCUCAAUCAGGUCCACUAUCCAUUUAUUUUGUUUUGUAACUUUCAUGUAAAUGUUUUCUUGUAUAUAUAGAUAUGAAAAAUGGAACUAUUUUCUUACAUAUACUAUGCAAUAUGUUUGUACAAUUGCAAAAUUACCAAAAUUACAAAAGCUGUGCUUUUGUACUCUAUCUCGCUUUAUGUAAAAAAAAUCAACAUUUUUCUAUUUAAAGGGACUCCUUCCUAUGAACUGUAGAUAACAUAUCUAUUCAAAAUUUAGUCUGUUGUAUCUUUUGUUUAGUUUGGGCAGGUUCUAUUUCUUUUCAGUGAAAACACAGCAAAAUUUUGGCAAUUGGAAUUCCUUUCUCAGAAAUGAAUCCUUACGAAGCAUGCAAUGAGCCCAUAUCUUUUAAGAUCUCUCUUGUAAUUCUUGUAUUUUGUCCUGAUUUUGGUGCUACUGUGUAACCAUUAUUAAAUGUGAUAGUCAAACAAA